AUGGCUCAACCAGGGACCAUCAGCAUUAAGCAAGCAAGCCUGUUCCUGACAAGGGAUAUGGCAGACGGACAACGAGAGAAGAAAGAGCUUUUGCUGGCUACUAGCUUCGUUGUGCAUUCCUCUCAGCGAGAUCAUACAACGCAGUUAUCCUUCGAAGCAAAUGGCCUUUAUUGGAGGACGGAAGUGGGCCUCGCGAGUGAUGCAAUUGAAAUAAUCGUCUCGCUACGGUGA